UGGGGCUGGUAGCGGAGAGGAGCGGCCAUGGCUGUCGGUUGGCGAGUCUGGUGCGUGCCGGCGGUGGCGGCGCUGGCGUUGGCGCUGCUCUUCGUGGCUUGCCGCUUCCCCUCUGCCUCUGCCUUCCGCAGAAAGGAGAUGGUGUUGUCAGAAAAGGUUAGUCAACUGAUGGACUGGACCAGCAAGAGAGCAGUGAUAAGAAUGAAUGGAGAUAAAUUCCGUCGUUUUGUCAAGGGAUCACCAAAAAACUACUCUGUGAUUGUGAUGUUUACGGCUCUUGAACCACAUCGACAGUGUCUGGUGUGCCGGCAAGCUGAUGAAGAAUUCCAUAUUUUGGCCAACUCCUGGAGAUACUCGAAUGCCUUUACCAAUAAGAUAUUUUUCGCUAUGGUAGAUUUCGAUGAUGGAUCAGAUGUAUUUCAGAUGCUAAACAUGAAUUCGGCUCCUACUUUCAUGAACUUCCCUGCUAAAGGAAAGCCCAAACAGAGCGAUACCUAUGAAUUACAAGUGCGGGGUUUUUCAGCUGAACAGAUUGCCCGAUGGAUAGCCGACAGAACUGAUGUCAAUAUUCGAAUAAUUCGACCUGCAAAUUAUGCCGGCCCCCUCAUGUUGGGAUUGCUUUUGGCUGUUAUCGGUGGUCUUGUGUAUCUUCGAAGGAGCAACCUAGAUUUUCUUUUUAACAAAACUGGAUGGGCUUUUGCAGCUUUGUGUUUUGUGCUCGCAAUGACGUCUGGACAGAUGUGGAACCACAUAAGAGGACCACCAUAUGCUCAUAAGAAUCCCCAUACAGGACAGGUGAAUUAUAUCCAUGGAAGCAGCCAGGCCCAGUUUGUUGCUGAAACACACAUUGUCCUUCUGUUUAAUGGUGCUGUUACUCUGGGGAUAGUGCUUUUGUGUGAAGCCAUCACAUCUCACAUGGAUAUCGGAAAGAGAAAGCUAAUGUGUGCUGUUGGCAUUGUGCUCGUGGUGGUGUUCUUCAGUUGGAUGCUGUCUGUCUUCAAAUCAAAAUACCAUGGCUAUCCCUACAGCCUAUCGGAUUACGCAGAACAUCUAAAAAAGUCAGCGAACGGAUAUCUGAGUGUAUUAGGUUCUGUCCUGUUCAAGUAAAUAUUCAUAGUAGAGUCUUGUCUAACAAAGUCAAGAAUGGAGGGAAAUUACCUGAACAGCUUGAGUAAAUAACUCACUCUUUUAUGAUGAAUCAGCCCCAUAUAGAUAGUCUUUUGCUUCAUGACUGCUUCCACUCUCUAUUCUGCUUUGGAGGACUCACUAGAGAUUGUUGGAAUUUACA